AUGUCUUUUGAAGAGAAGCGACCUGUCCAUCUAGAGACUCAGAGCACUUCAAGUUCCGAUGAUCAGAAUCUCAACUAUUACGACAUUGAUUUUCAAGAUGGAGAUGUCUAUGAGACUAAAGAAUACAAUGCUGCUCUGAAGAAAGCUGAUCUCAGGAUGCUGAUUAUUUAUUCGAUCGCUUACUUGUUCACACAAAUCAACAAGAGCAACGUUGGGAAUGCCGCUAUCAUGAACGUGGAAGAAGGUGACGGUAUUAGAAAAGCUUUAGGAAAUUUGACAUCUCAACAGUGGGCCUGGGUAUUAUCCAUUUUUUUUUACCCCUACCUUUUUUUUGAGCCCGUUACUACAAUGUUGUUGAAAAAGUUCUCACCACGAGUAUGGCAGUCAAGAUUAAUGUUAACUUGGGGUACAAUUAGUAUGCUACAGGCAGUUGCGAAGGACUAUCAAGGUAUUUUGGCUAUACGUUUUUUCCUAGGUCUGGCUGAAGCAGGUUUUUACACUGGGAUCAUUUAUCAUUUUUCAUUCUGGUAUAGACCUCGACAGCUGCCCACCCGCAUUGCCAUUUUCUACGGAUCUGGUCAACUUUCCUCCGCUUUUUCAGGAAUUGUUGCGUAUGGUAUUAGUUUCAUGAAUGGGAAACAGGGUCUCUAUGGUUGGCAGUGGCUGUUCAUUUUUGAAGGCAUCCCGACCGUCGCCUGUGGUAUCUACAGUGCUUUCUACUUGCCUAAUUAUCCGGAAGACUCGAAGUUCCUCAGUGAACGAGAAAAACUACUGAUCAUCUCCAGAUUGCCUAAGUCUGCACCAAAGAGAAAGGACGGAUUUUUUGUUCUUUCGGAAAUUAAAGAAUUGCUGAAAGACUCAACAUUCUACUCGUAUACUGGUAUUUGGUUGUUUUUUGGUAUUGGGUCUUGGGGAUUAAGCACAGUGAUUCCAACUGUGCUUUUCGAACUUGGAUUUUCAUCUACUGCUGAAACACAGUUAAUGACUAUGCCCGGAAGCAUUAUUGGUUUCUUCUUACUGAAUCUAUUUGGGUGGCUAAUUCAAAAGCGUCUAAUGAAUGGUUACCAAGUUGGAUUUGGCAUGGCCGUCACUCUGACAGUUGGGUAUAUUAUUCUGGCGGCUAUCGAUAACCCAUAUGCAAAAUACGUUUUUCUGGUCAUAUGCACUGCUGUCACUAACUCCAUUUUUGCUAUUCUCUGGGCUGACAGAGUUCGUGUCGCUCGUGGGACGAGCUCUACAGGGCUUGCAGUAGGAUGGACCAAUGCCAUUUGCCAGCUGAUGGGUAUUGUUUCUCCUCAGUUUUACCAGCCAAAAUUUGGACCUACUUACAGAACUAGUUUUAUUAUUUCCGCAGCGCUAUGCUUCUGCGGAACUGUCAGUGUGGCAGCAACAUGGCUAUUAGUUUACCGACGGGGUAUUUUACACACUGAAGGUGCUUACCUGGAAGAUGAAGAUAUCGUUAAAAGAGAUGAGUUUGGAUUGACACAAGCUCGCAUUGAUGAGGUCAUCAGAGCCAGAGAAGAUCCGCCUCUGCUGACCCAAGUAUUAAUUCAACUAGGUUUGAAGUCAACCGGCAGGGCAGGUCAUUCAACUUAG